AUGGAGACGCAGCCUGAUCGCCAGCCAGGCACUCAUUAUGACAUCGUCAUUGUCGGUGCUGGACCCGUGGGUUUGAUGCUGUCGACCAUCCUGGCCAGAUGGGGAUACAAGAUCAAGCACAUUGACAACCGAGCGGAGCCGACGCCAACCGGAAGAGCCGACGGCAUCCAGCCUCGUUCCCUUGAUCUGCUUCGCAACAUGGGACUCAAGUCGGCCAUCAUGGCUCACAAGCCAGCUAGGGUCUAUGAAGUUGCUUUCUGGGACCCACCGAAAUCUGGCAGUGGCAUUGCGAGAACCGGAACGUGGGCCAGUUGCCCCGACUUCAUUGACGCCAGAUAUCCCUUCACGACACUUCUGCACCAAGGUCACAUUGAGCGAGUCUUCAUCGACGACCUCAGCAAGAACGGUGUUCAGAUUCAGCGACCAUGGACAAUCACGGGGUUUACUUCCGACGAGACAAAGAACCCCGCGUACCCUGUGGAAGUUCAACUAGAGCACGUCGACGGGACAGCCCGCGAGACAUUGCGUGCCAAGUAUCUUUUUGGUGGCGAAGGUGCCCGCUCAUUCAUCAGAAAUCAGCUGCAGAUCGGAAUCAAACACAAGGACCCCAUCUCUCACGUAUGGGGUGUCAUGGAUGGCGUUGUCAAGACCGACUUCCCUGACAUCAAGAUGAAAUGCACGAUCCACAGCAAGCACGGUUCCAUCAUGGUUAUUCCCCGCGAAGCGAACAUGGUCCGCCUAUACAUCCAAAUCGCAUCCUCGACCGACCCCGACUUCGACCCGCGGAAGACGGCCACCGAGCAAGAAGUGCAAGAAUCGGCCAAGCGUAUCCUUCAUCCAUACUCCAUCGAAUGGGAAAGGACCGAGUGGUACUCCGUCUACCCCAUCGGACAAGGCAUUUCUGACCGGUACACGCUGGAUCAAAGAGUGUUUCUCGGCGGCGAUGCCUGCCACACUCAUAGCCCCAAGGCCGGUCAGGGUAUGAACACUGCGUUCUUGGAUGCGCAGAACCUGGCUUGGAAGAUACAUGUUGUGGAGUCGGGAUUCGCACAACGCGACAUCCUCAAGACCUAUGAGACUGAGCGAAGGGAUGUAGCCGAGACGCUGCUCAACUUUGACAACAAGUAUGCCAAGUUGUUUUCGCAAAGACCCGAUGCUGCCAGCGAAGCCCAGGCAGCCACCGAGAAGACGGCCUUGGCGGAUCAGGUCGAGAACCAGUUCAUCCAGACUUUCAAGGAGUCUUGCGAGUUCACGAGUGGCUACGGCGUGGCAUACAAGCCGAACACCCUGAACUGGUCCAAGACACAUGGUGCCAAGUCGCCCCUGAUCCAUCCCGACGGCACCAAGCUUCGCACCGGCCGCCUCUUCAUGAAUGCUGAUGUGACGAGGGUUGUCGAUGCCAACGUCGUUCAUCUCGAGCAGGAAAUCCCGCUGAACGGCUCUUUUCGCAUCUUUGUGUUCGCAGGGAAGCCCUCGACCACGCGGGGCGCGCUCAGGGACUUUGCCAGCCACCUCAACAACAAGCGGUCAUUCUACGCUACAUACAUCAGGGAUGACGUGAACAGCGUCUCACAUCAUGAACAGCAUAACCCACACAGCUUAUUUUUCACAUUGUGCACCAUUUUCGCGGCCAAGAGAAGCACCAUCGAGAUUUCCCGCGACGUACCGGAGGUGCUGGCGCGAUACCGCGACCAUGUUUACGCGGACGACAGAUGGGACCACCGCGUCCCAGGUGCCAAGGCGGCAGCGCAUGCCAAGUUGGGACUUGAUGAAGAGAGGGGUGGUGUUGUUGUCGUGCGUCCUGACGGCUACGUUGGCAUGGUGGCCAAGCUGGUAGAAGGCAGCGGUACGGUUGACGCCUUGAACGAAUAUUUCGGUGCAUUUUGCACUAAGAAGCUUGGAGAGACGCUGGCGCAACUGUGA